UGCAAAAUCCGCCGCAGGCGGAUUGUGUCGUCCUAGUUUUGCCCAACUCAGGACUUCCGACCUCCCAAACAGUGACUGUGCAUGACAUUGACUGGUCAAAAACGUUUGUGCCGGUUGUUGAAGUCCAAGCUGGGGACCGCGCCAUGGCUGCUGUAGCGCCCUGCUCCGGCGCUGCCCAGCUGGUGCGGAGCUCCUUGUCCUCCGGGACGCCGCAGCCCCGCAUUGCCGGCACCGCUGCCCGCGCUGCGCCAUGUCCUCGCGCGCUCAGGCUAGGGGGCGAUCGCGGCUGGGGCGCGCAGGCUGGGCUGGGGCGCUCGACGUUUGUGGGAGGGGUGGGCAGCUUGGAGCAGCAGCGCCCGCAGACACGGCGCCAGUGCGGCCAGCGCAGCGUGGUGGCCAGUGCCACCUCUGAAGCGCCGCUGCUGGUGCGCGCGGCGCGGCGCGAGGCGGUGGAGCGCGCCCCGGCAUGGAUGAUGCGGCAGGCGGGGCGCUACAUGGCGGCCUACAAGGAGCUCACCAAGAAGCACCCCUCCUUCCGCGAGCGCUCCGAGACCACGGACCUGAUUGUGGAGAUCAGCCUGCAGCCGUGGCAGGCCUUCCGGCCGGACGGGGUCAUCCUGUUCAGCGACAUCCUGACGCCGCUGCCCGCGGUGGGCAUCCCGUUUGACAUCGAUGAGACUAAGGGCCCGCUCAUUGACUCGCCUAUCCGCAGCAAGGAGGCCCUCGCCGCGCUACGCCCGAUCGAGCUGGACCGCCUCACCUUCGUGGGGGACGCGCUCAGGACCCUACACAAGGAGGUGGCGGGGCAGGCGGCGGUGCUCGGCUUUGUGGGCAGCCCGUGGACGCUGGCGACGUACAUUGUGGAGGGGCGCAGCACGCGCACGUACAAGGUGAUCAAGGCCAUGACGUUCAGCGACCCGGACGUGCUGCGCCCGCUGCUGGACCACCUGGCCACCGAGAUCGGCAAGUACAUGUGCUACCAGAUCGAGGCCGGCGCGGACUGCAUCCAGAUCUUCGACAGCUGGGGCGGCCAGCUGCCCCCGCGCCUCUGGGACGUCUGGUCCAAGCCGUACAUCGCCAAGGCGGUGGGCAUGGUGCGCGCGGCGCACCCGGAGGUGCCGCUGGUGCUGUACGCCAACGGGAGCGGCGGCCUGCUGGAGCGCAUGGCCACGGUGGGGGUGGACGUCAUCGGGCUGGACUGGACCAUCGACAUGGAGGACGGGCGGCGCCGCCUCGGGCCGCAGCUGGCGGUGCAGGGGAACGUGGACCCCGCGGUGCUCUUUGCAACGCCCGAGGCAAUCACGGAAGCCAUCGAGGACACGAUCCGGAAGGCAGGACCGACGGGGCACAUUUUGAAUCUAGGGCAUGGUGUCCUGGUGGGGACCCCGGAAGAGCGAGUUGCGCACUUUUUUGACACCAACCGAAGCUUAAAGUACAGCCAAUGACAAACGACAUAUAUCUGAGAUGCGAGUAGGACAGGUGGCAGAGCGAGAGCUAGCCGGGUCUCCAUUCUGGGCCCGUUGCCAUUGAGGGCAUACAUUCUGGUAAACGUUAUAUGUCUCCAAUUUCUUUGAGAGAGUUGCAAGUUGCAACAGGUAUACCACUGUGCUUAAUGGUAAAACUUUGUCAACGUUGAGCCAGUUGCAUCCGAAUGGAUGGUGUAUUAACUCAUCAUGAAGCACAAAUGGGCCACGUAUAUGCUUGUGGCAGC